UUGGCUCUUCAGAAAUGGAGGAAGAAACAGAUUGGCUGGACGAGAUACUAUAUUGAUGGUGAAAUCUUUGAGACGGAAAAAGUCAGAAAUGUGUUAUGUCAAUUAUGAAUUAGUUUAAUUUAUUACUUUCAUGUAAAUAAUCCAAGCUUUAAAAUGGCGACGUUAGUUUUAGACAAUGGAGCUUACACUGCCAAGAUUGGUUACAACCAGGAGAAAGUCAGCGUCAUCCCAAACUGUCAGUUUCGCUCAAAGACAUCCCGACUAAAAACCUUCACUGCCAAUCAGCUGGAUGAGAUCAAGGAUCCUUCAGGUCUCUUUUACAUCCUCCCCUUCCAGAAGGGUUACCUGGUAAACUGGGAUGUCCAGAGGAAAGUGUGGGAUCACCUGUUUGGAAAGGAGAUGUUCAAGGUGGAUUUUGCAGACACCAGCAUCAUCAUCACUGAGCCUUACUUCAACUUCUCCUCCAUCCAGGAGUCGAUGAAUGAGAUCCUGUUUGAGGAAUACCAAUUCCAGUCAGCUCUUAGGAUCAAUGCCGGCUCGCUCAGCGCUCAUCACUAUUUCCACACCAAUCCCUCAGAGAUCUGCUGCCUGGUGGUGGACUCCGGGUUCUCCUUCACCCACAUCGCCCCCUACUGCCGUAGCAAGAAAAUGAAGGAGGGCAUCCGCAGGAUCAAUGUAGGAGGAAAACUUCUGACCAAUCACCUAAAGGAGAUAAUCUCCUAUCGCCAGUUACACGUGAUGGAUGAAACUCACGUGAUCAACCAGGUGAAAGAAGACGUGUGCUAUGUCUCGCAGCAGUUUUACAAGGACAUGGAGAUCGCACAGCUGAAGGGGGAGGAAAACACUCUGAUGAGGGAUUAUGUUCUUCCAGAUUUCAGCUCCAUCAAAAAAGGCUUCUGCAAGCCGCGAGAGGAGAUGGUUUUCAGUGGAAAGUACAAGACAAGCGAGCAGAUCCUGAGAUUGGCCAACGAGCGCUUCGCUGUUCCUGAGAUGCUCUUCCACCCGUCAGACAUCGGCAUCCAGGAGAUGGGCAUCCCAGAGGGCAUCGUUCACUCUGUCCAGUCCCUGCCGCAGGAGAUGCAGCCGCACUUCUACCAGAACAUAGUUCUGACCGGAGGGAACACGCUGUUUCCGGGCUUCAGAGAGCGGCUGGAGGCGGAGCUCCGAUCACUCGUCCCCGCCCACCUCCCUGUAUCAGUGCUUCUACCUGCAAAUCCAGUCUGCUACCCAUGGGAGGGAGGGAAGCUGCUGGCUCGCGCUCCGGACUACGACGAGAUGGUUGUGACGAGGGACGACUACGAAGAGAAUGGACACUGCAUCUGCGAGGACAAGUUUGAUAUUUGACUCAACGGGCUACUUUUUGAUGCAGGUUCUUCUGAUCCCUGACAUGCUGAGAUCAGAAUCAUAACCCUGCAGAUGGUUUACAGGAGAAACCAAACAGCGAAGGAUUUAAAACGUCAAGCACAUCUUUUUAUAAAAUAACCCUUGUUGAUUUUUUGUUUUUAUAUCGACUUCUCCAGGAGAAGAACUUCCACGUCACUUCAGUGUUACAGAUCUUACCCCUGCAACACAAACUGAUAAUGAAAAUAAAAUAAAAUGUAAACUUGG